GGCAACGCCAAAGCUUGACACACGUCGUCUUUUGUUUUUAUAUUGCAUUCUUAUUGCAAUUUUCGGCGAGCGCUUGGGAUUUUCGUUUUGUGCCGAACAAAGUGCAUGUUGAUGCAAUAUUGUGUCUCCCCAAGGUUCUUGACCUUUCGCUGGUCGUUGGUGCGCAACCUGUUGAUCGCGGCCAGCGUCACGACCGCCGCCGUCACAAUCCGUCCGGCGUUCGCCUCGAGCAGUUCAGCCCAGUGCACUUCCAGUGGCCGCCGGGAAGGGUGCUCCUCCUUCUCCUCGAAUUCCAGUGCCAACAUGGGUGACCAGACACCAGCCACUGCAUCCGCAUCAGGGGAAUCCUACCAGGCGGGCAGCAGCUCGGUGGCCUUCGUGACCACGCCGGAUCGGGAGUCUGCGAGGAAACUGGCCCGCAGCAUCAUCGACCAGAAACUGGCCGCCUGCGUCAACAUUGUGCCCAACAUCGAGUCCAUCUACAUGUGGGAGGGCAAGGUCACCGAGGACAACGAGUACCUGAUGAUGGUCAAGACGCGCACCAAUCGCAUCGACGAGCUGAGCAAGUUCGUCCGCGAGAAUCAUCCGUACUGCGUCGCCGAGGUCAUAUCGCUGCCCAUCCAGAACGGCAAUCCGCCGUAUCUGGACUGGAUCGCCCAGUCGGUGCCGGAGAAGGGGAGCAAGAAAGACUAGAAUGAAUAUUAAGGCAUUUUAAUGUGAAUAAACCUUCAAUAAGAGCA